CCAGGGCGUGCCUGCAUGUGUGUAGCCAGGGUCCUGACAGCCCACUCCAUCCUGCAGGCACUGGGCUCCCUCUGCUCCCCGUGGGCCGCUCCCCGCGUGGGGCCACUGCCCCCGGCCCCCGCCAUGGUGCGGAUUUCAAAGCCCAAGACGUUUCAGGCCUACCUGGAUGAUUGUCACCGGAGGUAUAGCUGUGCCCACUGCCGCGCUCACCUGGCCAACCACGACGACCUCAUCUCCAAGUCCUUCCAGGGCAGUCAGGGGCGAGCCUACCUCUUCAACUCUGUGGUGAACGUGGGCUGCGGGCCAGCCGAGGAGCGGGUGCUGCUGACAGGCCUCCAUGCUGUCGCUGACAUCCAUUGUGAAAACUGCAAGACCACUUUGGGCUGGAAAUAUGAACAGGCCUUCGAGAGCAGCCAGAAGUACAAAGAGGGGAAGUACAUCAUUGAACUCAACCACAUGAUCAAAGACAACGGCUGGGACUGACCCCUGCUCCUGACGCAUGUGGCGCCAGCCCGGCCUGGCCGCCAGGGGGCGCCACUGGCUUCCCUUCACCCCAACGGAGCUCUGGACCCUCAGGCCCCCUACAGAGGAAGGAUCCAGCUCCUGUACAUAUAUUUUAUUGCAUGCACUGUGACCUUGGGGGGAGAUCGGAAGGUGGACAAAGUGGACGACACCCCCGCACCUCCCUGCGAUCUGGCUGGCUUGGAUCUCGUUUUUAAACCCCUUCCUACCCCGCCUGCCCUCUAGAUAUGGCCUGUGUGCUGCUCUCUUGGCCCCAGUGCACCAUCUGCCCCGUGACGUUCUCCUCCCACCGGGCCCCUCUUACCCUACGCGUGUCUGCUCCCCUUGUUCUGUAGCGUUUGUACAUAAUAAAACAAUGGAGUGGAGACAG